AUGGAUGACUGGAAACCACUUAUUGUUCUUCUCUUUGUUUCCACCUUCUGCUCUAUAGAUGCACAGCAGACUGUCUGCAGCAAAGCUUCUAUAGCAGACAUCAUCUUCCUCAUAGAUGGAUCCUGGGGCAUAGGGACAAAGAACUUUAAGAUCAUGCAAGACUUCUGGUACACAAUGGUCAAUGGCUUUGAUAUUGGGCAUGACAAAAUCUGUGUUGGUAUGAUUCAGUACAGUAAUGUGCCAUACACCGAAUUCUUGUUGAACGCUUGCUAUAACAAGGAUGAUACCUUACAGAAGAUACAGAAAUUACAUUACAAAGGAGGAGCAAGUGCAGGUAGCCAAAAGGAAGAAUGUGUUCCUCAGAUCACUGUGGUGGUAACAAAUGGACAGGCUGAAGAUGAUGUUCAAAACCCAGCCACAGCAAUCAAGGAUGUGUAUCAUGUUGUACUCUCUCACAGUAUUCUACAGAUGCUUUGUGUUACUGUAGAGGAGAUAACUGGACCAGCUACUCAGGUUGCCCAUGCUUGGAGAAAGGCCACGUUGGCAGAUGUUGUCUUUUUAGUGGAUACUUCAACGAAUAUUGGCCAGGAAGGCUUUCAGAAAGUCAAGAACUUUCUCUGCACCUUGAUUUCAAGUCUUGAUGUUGGCCUUGAUGCGAUCCAAGUUGGGCUGGCACAAUAUAGUGAUGAGACUUACCAAAAAGUCUCGCUGAAUCAGUAUUUGAAAAGUGAUGUUUUGGAGCAGAUUGAGAAUUUGCCAUAUAGGAGUGGAGAAGUUUACACAGGGAGAGCUCUGGAUUUUAGCAGAGCUAAGGGUUAUGUCCCGCAGGUAGCCAUUCUGAUCACCAGUGGAGCGUCCAGUGAUGAAGUUGAAUUGCCUGCCAGGAAACUGAGGAACAGAGACAUUGCCCACUAUGCUGUAGGAACUGGUGUCCAGAAUACAGCUGAGCUUCAGCAAAUAGCCCGCAAACCUUUUGAUUGCAACAUAGGUAUUUCUAUAGCAGUUGAUAUUUCAAGGCGCAUGCAGCCAGCAUCCACAGUGCUUCUGAAACAGAAAUUGCAAGCAUUCCUCCCCAAGCUUUUACUCCAGAUGAAAUCACUGCCAAAUACCAGCUGUAAUGCUGGCUCUUCGGUCAACAUUAGAUUCAAGUUCCAAGUAUUGGCACAGACCAAACAAUUCAUCUUUGACUCUGAUUUUGAAGACUAUAAUGAAGAGAAUAUCCAGAAGUUCUUAGAUGCACAGACCACUGUGGACACCUACUUGAAUGCAGACUUCUUACAGGCACUUGAGGAGAAGCUCUUUAGUGUGACCUCUGCUAAAGUUAAGGUUCUGUUAGUAUUUUCAGAUGGGCUGGACGAUUCACUGGAAGAUCUCAGAAAAGCAGCUGACUCACUUCGCUUUAAAGGUCUUGAUGCACUUCUAUUAGUUGGCCUGGAUAAUACACAGAAUUUGUCUGAACUCCAGGAAAUAGAGUUUGGCAGAGGGUUUGGAUACAAUGAACCUCCGAGUGUUGGGUUUGCAGAGAUUGCAAACAUCUUGCAGAGAAAUCUUGAUACUGUUGCAGAAAGGAAAUGUUGUAAGGUUGUUUGUAAAUGCCUUGGAGAAAAUGGUGAUCGUGGUGGCCAGGGAAGUCCUGGAAGUAAGGGAAGUACGGGAUACAGAGGAUCUCCUGGCCAUCCUGGUGAGGAAGGUGGAAUUGGAGAGAGAGGCCCAGUUGGUUUCAAUGGGACUCAAGGAGACAGGGGAUGUCCAGGUGCCAGAGGCCAUAAGGGGUCCAGAGGCUACAGAGGAAGUCAGGGUGAACAUGGUGAGAGUGGAUUUGAUGGUACUGAUGGAGAGCAGGGAGAACAUGGAUUUCCUGGACCUUCUGGAGAUAAAGGCAACCCAGGAAAACAGGGCAGAAAAGGCCCCAGAGGAGAACCAGGUGAACGAGGAGAAUCUGGUCUAAGAGGAGAUCAUGGAGAUCCUGGGACUAGCAAUAAUAUUCCUGGUCCUAAGGGUGAAAAGGGAAACGCAGCAAGGCAGGGAGACCCAGGACCACAUGGACUCCAAGGAGAGCAGGGUGAUGCUGGCCCUGAUGGUGCAGCAGGUCGAAGAGGCCCUCCAGGUAUAAAGGGUGAGCAAGGAGAUCUGGGGGAGGCAGGUUACCCAGGAGACUCAGGUCUUCCAGGUCCACAGGGCCCAAGAGGACUACAAGGGAUCAGAGGACCUCCAGGACCACAAGGCGUGCCAGGCCCUCUGGCUAGUCUGGGGGCCCCAGGUUCACCUGGCUCUGUUGGGAAGUUAGGUGCAAGAGGAGCAAAGGGUGAAGCUGGUGACCCUGGAGAGAAGGGCCCAGUGGGACCAGCAGGAUGGAGAGGCAUGCCUGGCAUGGAUGGCAGAGAUGCCUAUGGUCCUGAAGGGAGCAAAGGAGCAAAGGGAGAAUCUGGAUUCAUAGGAUAUCCUGGUUCAGAGGGAGAAGAUGGAGACCCAGGCAUUCCAGGAGCUGAAGGACCCAAAGGAGUUAGGGGUAGAAGAGGUAAUGCUGGUACACCAGGUUCCCUGGGAGAUCCAGGGGACCAAGGGCCAUCAGGACCUAUGGGUGCCAAGGGACCAAUGGGCACCAUUGUAAUGGAACCUUGUGAACUUGUGAAUUUUACACGAAAAAACUGCCCUUGCUCAUCAGACACAUGCCCAGUUUAUCCAACUGAAGUGGUGUUUGCCUUUGAUAUGUCUGAAGAUGUUACGUCAGCUGCAUUUGAAAGAAUGAGGAACAUCGUUAUGUUAUUGCUGAAGACCAUUAAGAUCAGUGAAAGCAAUUGCCCAACAGGCGCUCGUGUCUCUGUUGUUUCUUUCAACACCAAUACACGAUAUCUCAUCCGAUUCUCAGAAUUCCAAAAAAACAGCUUGCUGCUACGAGCAGUCCAGAGAAUACCGCUGGAGAGAUCCACUGGAAAACGUAAUAUUGGGGCAGCCAUGAGAUUUGUUUCACGAAAUGUCUUCAAACGUAUUCGUCAGGGCAUCCUCACAAGAAAAGUUGCCAUAUUUUUUGCCAAUGGUCCAUCACAGGAUGAUGUUGCCAUCAGCACAGCUGUACUUGAGUUGAGUGCCUUGGAUAUCACUCCAGUGGUUAUUGCCUUCAGUGAAGUGCCAAAUGUCAGACGUGCUUUCUCAAUUGAUGAUACUAGACGAUUUCGAUUAUUUGUUUGGGAAAGACAACAGGAUGAAAGUUUGGAGAGCAUCACAGACUGUACGCUUUGCUUUGAUAAAUGCAAACCAAGUACCAACUGUGAGGUGCCCUUUUCUCCCCCUGUUCUGAUGGAUAUGGAUAUAACUUACAUCAUGGACAGCUCUCGCCGCAUCAGCAUUGAAGAGUUUCAGAGAGCCAAAGACUUUGUGAGCAACAUGCUAGAUCAGUUUGUCGUUUCCUCACAGCCAAACGAAUCAUAUGGAGGCAUCAGAGUGGCAGUGGUGCAGCAGGCUCCCAGGAGCUUCCUGCCUGACAGGAACCAGACCCCAGUGGCCUUGGAGUUUGAUCUAGUCACAUACAGCAAUAAAGAAUUGAUGAAGAAACAUAUACAAGAGUCCGUUCACCAACUGGAAGGGCCAUCAGCCAUUGCUUCUGCCCUACAGUGGACGGUUGAAAAUGUGUUCUUUAAAGCCCCCAGACAAAGAAAACACAGGGUCAUAUUUGCAAUAGUUGGAAGUAAAACAAGCACAUGGGACAGAGAAAAGCUGAGAGAGAUUUCCCUCGGAGCUAAGUGCCAAGGAUUCACCUUGUUCACUCUUGCGCUUGGCAACGAUGUGAGUGACAAUCAGCUGAUUGAGCUGUCAGGCUCCCCCACAGACCAGCACUUACUGACACUGGGUAGGGUUUCAACGUCUGAGAUGGUGUAUGCUCAGAGGUUUAGCCGGGCAUUCCUAAAUCUUCUACAACAAGAAAUGAACAGUUAUCCUUCACCUGAACUUCAAGAAGAGUGUGAAGACUUAGAUCAGGGAAACACACAACAGCAAGUGUCUAUGAUUGAAAGGAUGCCAUUUCCUGGAGCUGAUGAAACUGGUUACAGUCAUGGUUUAGAAGACAUUGAAAGAACUGAAAGUAGUAUCCUGGAGAAUAUUAGAGAGACCACCACAGAACCUGUAUACACAAUGCCAGAAAUGAGAUAUGAUUAUGAGGAGAAUGACUAUUUCACAGAGGAAGAUACUGAAGGAGAAAAGCCACAAGAGUAUGGGGAGGCUCAGGAGAAUGAGGAAAAUGUUGAGGCAGCAGUAAAAACUACAGCUGCCUAUAGUGAUUAUGAUGCAUGUGACCUUGGUCAAGAUAAUGGAGAAUGUCUGAAUUAAGUUCUGAAGUGGUACUAUGACAAAGAGCAGAAAAUGUGUGGUCAAUUCUGGUACGGGGGCUGUGGAGGCAAUAAAAAUAGAUUUGAAACACAAGAACAAUGUGGAUUCUUGUGUAUAGAGUCUUCCUAG